AUGGGUGGUUUGGAACUGAGCAACCAACGUUUCAUAUGGAUUGUGCGUAGACCGAUUGAUUCAAAUGCUUGUGGGAGUUACUUUGGCGGUGAUAGAGAGAACAACCCAGUGGAGUACUUGCCAGAGGGGUUCUUGGAGAGGACUAAGGAGGUGGGCUUGGUUGUUCCAUCAUGGGGACCGCAAGUGGCAGUGCUGAGCCACUUGUCAACAAGCGGGUUUUUGACUCAUUGCGGGUGGAACUCAGUACUUGAGAGUAUUUCUCACGGUGUGCCAAUGAUUGCGUGGCCCCUUUACACAGAACAGGGGAUGAAUGCAUGGUUUUUGGAGGAGGAGAUAGGGGUGGCAGUCAAGCCAAUAAGGGUGGAGCAGAGAUCACUGGUGAGGAGGGAGGAGAUUGCCAGGGUAGUGAGGCUGGUGAUGGAGGGAAGGCCAUGA